AUGAAAAGCUCUCUGCUAUACGGCCUCAUUGGCCUUCUCGCUUGGGGAGAAGUAACAAAUGCCCAGGACAUCAUCACAGAUGAUGUUGUUUUCUAUGGCCAGUCUCCACCAGUAUACCCGAGUCCCAAUGGCACCGGUAGGGGCGACUGGGGCGACUCUUACACCAAAGCGAGAGCCUUCGUUGGCCAGCUCACACUUGAAGAAAAGGUCAACUUGACCGGUGGUAUCACCUCAUCAACAGGCUGCUCGGGUUUCAUUUCACCUAUUCCGCGCCUCAACUUCCCUGGGCUAUGUCUCUCAGAUGCGGGCAACGGCUUGCGCAGCGCAGACUACGUCUCCGCCUGGGCAGCGGGCUGGUCUGUUGGCGCAUCAUGGAAUCGAGAACUCGCCCACCGGCGCGCUUUGGGGAUGGGCCAAGAAUUCUACAAGAAAGGUUCAAACGUUCUCCUUGGCCCUGUCGUUGGCCCCCUCGGACGUAUCGCGUCUGGCGGCCGCAACUGGGAGGGAUUUUCCAACGACCCAUACCUCACAGGACAACUCACAUACGAGACUAUAGUGGGAGUGCAGUCCGCAGGGGUGAUCACAAGCGUCAAGCAUUUCAUCGGCAAUGAGCAGGAGACGAACCGCAACCCUGACGGGAACGUCUCCUCUGUCUCGUCCAACAUUGACGAUAAAACCAUCCACGAAUUGUACCUCUGGCCGUUCCAAGAUGCAGUGAAGGCCGGGAGUGCCGCGCUGAUGAGCUCCUAUAAUAAAGUGAACAACAGUUGGGCUUGCGACAACAGCUACACCCAGAACGGCCUGCUCAAGACGGAGCUCGGCUUCCAGGGUUUUGUCGUGUCGGACUGGUUUGGGCAGCACUCUGGGGUUGCGUCGGCGCUCGCGGGCCUUGACAUGGUAAUGCCCAGCGGUGCGACGUACUGGGGGGCCAAUCUGGUUGAGGCAGUGAACAACGGCUCAGUACCCGAGGUCAGAUUAGACGACAUGGCCACACGAAUUAUUGCAGCAUGGUAUCAGAUGGGACAGGACUCGAGCGAUCUUCCGGUGCCGGGAUCUGGCAUCCCCGAGGACCUGUCUCAACCGCACACAAGAGUGAUCGGAUGGAACGCCUCUUUCAAGGAUACGCUCUACCAGGGCGCGCUCGAAGGCCACGUUCUCCUGAAGAACGAGGGAGCUUUGCCACUCAAGUCCCCUGAACUCAUCUCUGUGUUCGGCUACUCUGCCAAGACCCCAGACAAAUACAGCGUCGGAAGUUUCGGCUUCAACUCAGGCUCAUACCCUCUGGCAUACGGCCUAGAUUACAACGGUACAGGCAGCUUUGUAUUCGGCGACACGUCAGGAAUCGCGCGGAACGGUACAAUCAUUUCUGGUGGAGGCUCGGGGGCAAGUCAACCACCGUGGAUCUCCUCUCCGUUCCAAGCGCUCACGGAACGAGCGCAGGAAGAUCUCACUGCGCUACAAUGGGACUUCCACAGUACCAAUCCCUACGUGGAUGCUACCUCGGAUGCAUGCAUUGUCGACGUCAACGUCUUCGCUACAGAGGGCUCAGACAGGCCGAGUCUGAGGGACGACUCAGGACUGACGUUGUCACUAGUUGUGAUCUUCCAGAAUUCAGGAGUUCGUCUUGUUGAUCGGUUUAUUGAUCAUCCGAACGUGUCAGCCUUGGUCUUUGCCCACGUACCCGGCCAGGACAGCGGCAAGGCGCUCGUUUCGCUGCUGUACGGUGACGAGAACUUCAGCGGCAAGCUUCCCUACAGUGUCCCGCGGAACGAGAGCGACUACGCGGGCCUUCAAAACGCAACAGAGCCAGACGGCAUCUACGCGUUGUUCCCUCAGAGCGAUUUCUCCGAGGGGGUAUACAUCGACUACCGCGCCUUCGACGCGAAGAAUAUUACGCCCCGGUACGAGUUCGGCUUCGGCUUGAGCUACACUAGUUUCGAGUACAGCGAUCUCACCUCCGCGAUAUCUUCCAGCGUCAGCACCGACGAGUAUCCCACAGGCGAGGUGCUUGAGGGUGGCCAGGUUGACCUGUGGGACGUGGUUGCUACCGUGUCCGCGACGGUAACGAACUCUGGUAACAGCACGGGUGCUGAAAUCGCACAGCUAUACGUGGGGAUCGCGGGUGGUCCGGUCAAGCAGCUGCGCGGAUUCGAGAAGCCAGUGCUGGAGGCUGGGCAAAGCGCAACUGUCGAGUUCUCCUUGACCAGGCGAGACCUGAGCACGUGGGACGUUACGGCACAGAAGUGGCAUUUGCAGAAGGGUGACUACCUGCUGUACGUGGGAUCGAGCAGCAGGGACUUGCCGCUCACAGGCAAGUUGACGAUCUAG